UCAAGCCCAUACCGAUUUUCAUCUUAGUCUUCAUAGCUGCCGAAACGGUUGCUGCAGCAGCUCUUUCUCCGAAAGUCGAAUCGUUCGCUGUAAUGCGUUUUCGCGCUUCCGCAGCGAGUAUAUUGUCAGCUGCGUGUCUGUCGGUGAGUUCGUUGCUCCGGGAGUACGCAAUGUCGUGUUCGCGACACGCCACGUCCAACGGAUUAAUACCCCGAUCGCCUCUGGCCAAUCGCUUUUUCAGCCUAGUACCCGGACCGCAAAAUUGAUAUCCAGGUAUAUGCAGUUCAAAAGGAAGCGCAUUUAUCGCACGAUUUAACAAGCCGCGACCUACCGCUGGCAUUCGCGACAAUUCUUUAUCAACGGUGCGGGGCCGUCGAUGUGCGUCUGCUGCCACGAUUGAUAAUAAUGCUUGUAACAACGACGAUAGCUUUGAACCUCUGGAUCAGUCUUUAUAUGUUCCGGAAGCCUAUCCCACACGUGUUCGAUAUAGUUGCCACACACGCGUAGCAAAAUAGGUUGCGAUACGAAUUCUAACUGUUUGGCGCUCAAAUCGAGUAUAUCAGAGGGAUGUGACAAUAUGAGAAACAUUUUAUAUACUGAGCAAUUUUGCUCGGCGCGUCUCUAUAAAUAGAUCGGUCUUAAUAUAAUUUUUAUCAGUUCUUAUGAGAGGGGAAAAAUAUGCGGUUCGUACAACAUUCACCCGCGAUUAAAAUAACAAAUUUCGAUGACAGGAUAAUGUCCGAACGAAAGAUACGGAGACAUGGAAACAUGUUGCCGAGUCUAUACGCGGUAUAAUUUGCGGUCCGUCAAAUUGUGGCAAGACAAACGUUGGAAAGUCCGCAUGGAGUACGUUUUGAGAAUGUGUAUGUGUACUCGAAAUCAUUACAACAACCGAAAUAUCGAUAUUUGGAAAAUUUAUUGACACCGAUUGAAGAAGUUAGUUAUUUUGCAUUUUCCAAUAACUGUGAUGUCAUUCAGCCGAGUGAAGCGCUUCCGAAUUCCAUUUUUAUCUUUGAUGACGUGGCGUGUGAUAAGCAAGAUACGAUAAGAGACUACUUUGCAAUGGGGCGACACGUGGACGUCGACUGCUUUUAUCUCUGUCAGACGUAUGCAAAGAUACCGAAACAUCUUAUACUCGACAAUGCGAAUUUGCUAAUUUUAUUCAAGCAGGAUGGUACUAAUCUAAAACAUGCGUACAACGAUCAUGUAAAUACCGAUAUGUCUUACGAGGAUUUUAGCAAUUUAUGUCAUACUUGUUGGCAACAAAGUACGGAUUUUUAGUGAUAGAUAAGGAUAGUGCGCUCGCUAAUGGACGGUAUCGAAAAGGAUUUAAUGACUUCGCAAUACCAUAAAGCAGUUAGUUGUUUUCGAUACGUUGACCAAGUAGCAUUUCUCAACAUGGAUAACACAGAUAACAGUAUGAAUCGUGAGAAGAUUGUGAAAGAGAUUGCGAAAACAAGUGAUUCAAUUCGCAAAAAAUAUCGCGCUUUGAAAGCGGGUAAAGUGCAAGAAGAGAUGGCGUUGGAGAGACACUUUAAGCCCAUUGUCGAACCAUUAAAACAGAUUGUUGAAAACACCGUUGGUGAUGUAUCAGAUCCGAUUAAGAAUGAAUCGUUCUUUUCGGGGGAAGACAAAUACUCAGAACCAAAACCGAAACGAAAGCGAUUAAACGCUUCGCUUAACAAUUCUAUAAUGACCUCUACUCCUGUUAAAAAAAUGAGACGAUCAAAAACUGUACCAACUAAUUUGAAUGAAACAUCGCAAAUAUUACAUGAUAGCGAUUUAUCAUACAGUCAUGUGCCUUCUGUCGAAGACGUUUUUGAAGUCGCAGCCAAUGAAUUGCUUGUGACGUCUAUUCGACAACAGUUGGAAACGCGAGAAGGACGUGAAAAGUUGCACGCACACUAUGGUCCAUUAAGUCAAAAAUAUAUGGGAGCUGUUCUGAGUGGUAAAAAACCAGUCAUCAUAGAUACUGUUUACGGAGCUUAUUUCACCGACUUUGGAACGAUGCUCGGCGAUAAACGCAUCGACAUACAUAAGAAUGAUAACAUAGUUAUAGAUGGUAAAAUAUACAUGGGAACGCCUGGUCUGUACGAAUUAAUUUUCAUGAAAAUGCCUAACAUGUACACAAAUAAUGACCUGCAAAAUUAUAAAAACAUUCUAUUGGUGACAAAUGCAUAUAGACGCGGACAUAUUGCACAUAAUCAAGUAAUGGGCAACAAAGGGUCUAAAUAUAAAAAUAUAAUUGCACCCUUAGUAACAGACGCAUAGUUGGACAAGGUUUAUCAAGCGCUAUUACAUUAAAUGAUAACAAGAUCGAUUAUGUUCAUUGGGAUGAUCCCAACGAGCUUGUGGAUCGCCUUCGAUUGCUUGAGGCCUCACACCAGGCAGGGCACAAUGCUCACGGCAACGAGAUUCUAUCAAUUACCGAAGAACUUCGCGAGGCUGGUUUUAUUAUAAAUUAAAACUGUGUAAAACAAAUCAUUUAGUCAACAUCGAAAUGUCAAUCAACAAGUUUGGAACAUCACUCGGAAGAGGUGGUGCGGAACCAUAUUAUCAAUGGAGCGGAUUAGUCAGAAAUUAGGUGCGCGAUAACGCUCUUUGCAUGGUUGUCGCCGAUUUUGAUGCAAAGUCGCGCAAGAUUCGACGUUUAGCGUUACCUGUAGAUGAUAGUGAUGCAGCCAAUAAACGAUACGUGCAACAAACUGUGAAAAUUUUAAAGGAUCGACAGGAUGAAAUCGACAGGAAGAUUGAGACACUUCAAAGUAAGGUUGAAAUUACAGCUCAUAUGCUAAACGAGAUU